UCUUUUUCGAAUUUUUCUGACUCGACUUUUUUCCAUCGGCAGAAUUUUAUGAAGUGCAAUCUAGAUAAUAAACCAAAUUGAGGUAAAAAGUAAAAUCUUUCUUUCUAGUCAGUAAAAAUAUUCCUUAUGAAAAUAAUUUGCUCUGAUAUUUUAAAUCUGGAGCCUUGAAAUAUUUCGACAAAAAUGCUGGCUUUUAUUUACCAGACCUGCAAAUAUGUCAAUUUUGAUAAAUCACUUUAAUUCUUUGAGUUUAUCUUUGAGAUUCUAAACGAUACAUCUGUACAUUUUGAUCAAGUUUCGUAUCAAAAGUGCCAAGUAUUGCUUCAGAAACUAAUCCCGGGCUGUUCUUACUAAUCAUUUACCUAUUUUCUAAAUCCGGAUGGGUUUUUGAUUAUUCCUUCUCACAAAGUUUGCUCAUUCUUAAUUUUGGAGUUCGUUAUCUUUCGAAACCAGCCUUAUCAAAGCAUAAAACCACUUAAAUUUGAUGCCCGGUAGUCUUUGAUUGUAGCAAAGUUUAACCCAAUACGUUUUCAUACAAUUGAACUUUGAGUAGGCUGGUCAUCUGAUUUACGCCAUCGCGGUAAUUAGUUGUAAUUUUCAAAGACACGUGAAACAAAUUGACCAGUGAUAGACUCAACUCAGUUGGAGAGAUAACCAAGCAUACACACACCAGUUUCGAUUUACCUCAAACAUCUGUGGAAGUCAACAGGCAGUAUCAUAAUUGGUGAAAAAGUACCCGAUUUAUACGUUGAGCAGCACUGAGAGCAGCUGAGUUCAAAAAGGGAUCUUAGCAGCAGUAAUAUUAUCUUGGCUGGAGUUAGAGCAGAUGGCGUUCUUCGAUUUGCGUGAAUUCCUGGUGGUUCUUUGUUUGACCCUCAGCUAUGCAGUGGCAGGCGGACUAGUCUACUGUCUUGGGUUGAUGCAAGGCACCUGGAUUAGUGACCUUAACAUCACUACCAACCAAGCGUCACUCAUCAACAGUGUGACAUUCGCCAUCACUCUCCUUCCCGCACCCGCAAUUCAAGCGGCACGUGAUCACUUCAACAUCCCCCCAUUCAUAAUAUUCUUACUAGCAGCCCCCCUUCUCAGCGCCGGACUCUACUUCACUAGCGUCGCCUCAACAUUCAACGAACUUAUGAUCUCGAAUGGAAUCGGUUUUGGGCUUGGUAUACUUUUCUCUAUAACGGGAAGCUUAACCACUGUUUACCAUUACUUUCUAGACGAUAAAGUGACACUGGCAACUUCAAUUAUAUCUUCAGGCAUAGGUGUCGGAAUGAUCGCGGUAUCUUUGACUUUCAAGUACUUAGUACCAAUAAUCGGCUGGCGGCAGUACUGCAGAUACCAACUAGUAUGUUCUUCCGUCUACAUCUUUGCAACUAUUAUAUUUUUUCCUCCUUUAAGUAGGCCUCUCGGCAUUCGAACUCGGAAGUUUAAAGAACGCCAACUAAAGAAAAUCAAGCGACUCCAGAAAAAGCAAAGAGAACGACAGCAAUUAGCCGAAGAACGCCAGUCUCUUGUGAAUGAAUUGGACAGCGGACUCGUGUCUCGGGAAAACAGCGAGCCCGAGUCGUUUUCCACAGUCACCGAUGACUUGGCAUUCGUCACUCGGCACCCCGACAGUGAGUCUAGUAGUCCAUACGAGAGCGAUUUAACAGAUAGUGUUCUGCAAGCGCACAGUAGUGCGAUCACUAUAACCGACUCAAUCCGAAUCAAAACCGGGCAACUUUGGAGGAAUAUUUUGAUGAACCCGCCUUUCCUUCUCCUGAUGACGUCUUGGCUUCUAGGAGAGGCGACAUUCAAUGCAGUCAUGGUUCAUCAACCUGAACGAGUUGUGAAAAUGGGCUUUUCGCUCCAAAAUGGAGCCGACACAUUAGCAAUCAGCGGAGGUGUGCAACUUUUCGCCCGCUUUGGCGUCGGGGUUUUAGCAGACCGAGAAAUUGUUUCAGUCGUACGACUGAGUCAAAUUUCAAAACUUGUCCUAGGGAUUUUCUCAAUUUUGAGCAACCUGUUUCCAUCUCUGGCAUUUCAAACCCUGUUCAUGUUUUUAGUCGGCGCUUGCGGGGGAGUUUUGUCAACAACUGAUUUUAUUCUUGUUAAAGAUUGUGUUUCCGAGGGACGAGAAUUGGGAAUCACAGUCUUACUUCUUGUCGACGGAUUAUUUUCCCUGCUUUCAAUCGCUGGAGCAGGUCUGAUAUGCACUAAAUUUGGCAGUUAUAAUUCCGUGUUUUACUCGCUUGGCACCUGCAGUUUAAUAGCGUUCGUUCUGUUAAUUCCGCUGGAAAUCAUAAUGCGCACCAAGAAGCCAAAACGAAGGGAAGGAUACACGUCUAUAGGUACAGAUCAUAACUAGAAACCUAAUCAAGUUGUCGAUAUUCCUUUUUGCUGAUUUCAAUAUUUUAUUAUGGACUCGUGCGUCAUUGAAACAAAACACACUUUUUUCAAUCGGAUAAUUUCAAACAAAAAACUGAACUUUUUUGUGCAGCAAGUGCUUUUUAAUUUAAAUACAAUGAAAUUUUGAUAAG